AUGGUUCAACUCAACAUCAUCUCAGGCUAUCUCAGCCUUUUCGUUCUUGGGGUUAGCACUGGGCCAUGCCAUCCCAGUGUCACGACAACCGCUCUCGCUAUUUCCGAGAUAGCCACGGCCACAACUGACCUCACCACAACGGUUCAAACCCAAACAAUCGCUUCUAUCGCAACAACUGUCUCCGUUCCGAAAGUAAAGCCAGCCUGUAAUAUCCAGAGUCCACAGACUGGGGCCAACGGCGGUACUUUCCAGGUCUACUGCGACCGCGACAUAACCGGAACAAUAGCAGUAGCUGACUACAAGGUCAUUCCAUUUUCCGAAUGCCUCGACUAUUGCGACGAGACACCUAGUUGUCAAGGUGUCCACUAUAUUAUGACCAUGACGAACAUUUGCAUUCCAUAUGCGUUGAUUGGCACGGUUGGUGGCACGUUUGUUGACAAAGAAGAUGUCAUUCUUGCGAUACGUUUUGUACCUACCGACUCUUGA